CCUCUUAGCCAAACUCCAAACCACAGGACUCAGUGCCCCCCAGCUUUCAGCACCCCCACGGCUCUGAGGCAGGCUGACGGCUCCCUCACACCGUGCCUCCCCCUCAUCCUGCUCCUGCUCUCUCUUAGCUCGGGAAUAACCCUUGGAAGAUGGUGGCCAUGAAGAUCUCUCUGCUGCUGGUGUCCCUGCUCGUGGCAGUGGUGCUAGGAGACAAGGAAGAGAGUCCCUCCAGCUCUCUCCCCUCCCUGCCCCUCAGAGUCCACGCGAAGGUCAGAGGCUCUACACCUCGAGGCCGCAGGUAUGCCGAGGGGACUUUCAUCAGUGACUACAGCAUCGCCAUGGACAAGAUCCGCCAACAAGACUUUGUGGACUGGCUGCUGGCUCAGAAGGGGAAGAAGAAUGACUGGAAACACAACAUCACUCAGAGGGAGGCCCAGGCCCUAGAGCUGGCCCAUCAAUCUAACAGGAAGAAGGAGGCCAGGGAGCAGCAGGGCUCCCUACCCAUGAAGCCCAGUGAUGAAGAUCUGCUGAAGGACUUACUGAUUCAAGAGCUGCUGGCCUGGAUGGUGGAUCGCACGGAGCUCUGCAGGCUCAGGUGGCAGAGAUGGGAGGCUUUGGGAGGCUUGCGUACUGGUUGUAAGCUUGAGUAUUGGGGUCCGGCACAGGUUCAAAUCUUCAUCCCAACAUAUGCUGGCCAAUUCUCAGACUCUCUGAACUUCGUUGUUUUCAUGAAAAUCGGGACUAUUUAAACCACUUCAUG